GAGCCCCCUGCUCUCCGCUAAUCCCUGCCGUGUCUGCGCCGCCGGGAGAGGAGGAGCCUCCCUCGCGCAUCCCUGAGUGGCCCGGGGUCCGCUCACGGCUGGCACCCCAGAGAAGCCGGGCACUGGGGAGGGCCUAAGGCGUUAGGGGUGCAGGAGUACUGGGGCGUUGGCAGCGGGCAAGACUGCGCGUACGCUUACUCUUCUCUAGGACCCUGCCGAGUUGCUCCAACUUUGCCCUCUCCUCCACCCCUCUCCGAGCUGUGGUCGGGGUGGGGCUGGGCUGCUCGGAUUGCAUUUUGCAGAUUUGCAAAGGAAGUAGAUCACCCGUUGCUACCUACAUUUAAUAACCAUCAAAUUGUCUUCCUUUCGAACAUUUCGCAAGUUGUCAAAGGAUGAAAGAAAGCUGGUCUGCAUUCGACACGUUUGAGCCUCAUUUCAGGCCUCUGGUAGUUAUUGAGCUUGCAAAAAACACCAAAGAGGAAACCAAAGAAUGGCUCACUCAAAGAAUUGUGGACAAAAAGAAAAAUGGAGGUGCCCAGCUGUUGGUUAAACCUUUGGUAAAAGAAGAUGGAGGAAAAAUAGAUGGAAAUCAAAAUUUAUAUCUUGUUGGAGCCUCUCACUUAAGGCUCUUGUUGGGAGCUGAAACUGUGGGAUUGGUAAAAGAAUGUAAUGAUAACUCAAUGAGAACCUUUACAUACAGCAGUAGAAAUACCUUCAAAGAUUUUGCAGAGGACAAUCACGAUUUCCUCACAAUGGCAGAGUGUCAGUACAUCAUCAAGCACGAACUUGAAAAUUUGAGAGCCAAAGAUGAAAGAAUGAUUCCUGGGUACCCUCAGGCAAAGCUGUAUCCAGGAAAAUCAAUUUUGAGAAGAUUGUUGACCAGUGGUAUCCUGCUUCAGAUUUUCCCACUUCAUGAUACAGAAGAAUUGAAGAAACUCCGGUAUACCUGGUAUGGCCAGGUCAAAAUUAGUUAUCAACCUUUAGAUGAAAUCCGUUGCUAUUUUGGUGAAACGAUUGCUCUGUAUUUUGGCUUCUUGGAAUACUUCACAUUUGCUUUGGUUCCUAUGGCUCUCAUUGGGAUUCCUUACUAUGUGUUUGCAUGGGAAGACUAUGACAAGUAUGUGAUGUUUGCCUCAUUCAAUCUGCUUUGGUCUACCGUGAUCCUUGAAGUUUGGAAGCGCUGCUGUGCUAUUAUGACUUACAGAUGGGGGACACUGUUGAUGAAGCGGCAGUUUGAGGAACCGAGGCCAGGAUUUCAUGGGGUUUUGGGAAUCAAUGCUGUCACUGGCAAGGAGGAGCCGGUAUACUCAAGUAUUAAAAGACAGAUACGAAUUUAUCUGGUGUCUUUGCCAUUUGUGUGCCUUUGCCUCUAUUUUUCACUGUAUGUCAUGAUGAUUUACUUUGAGUUGGAGACUUGGGCUCUGGAUUUUCAUGAGGUGAAUGAGUCGUCUUAUAGCAACUUAAUGCUAUUUGUGCCCAGCAUCAUCUAUGCUAUUGUGAUUGAAAUGAUGAAUCGCGUCUACCGAUAUGCUGCAGAAUUCCUAACAUCAUGGGAGAAUCAUAGACUGGAAUCGUCACAUCAGAAUCAUCUAAUUCUGAAGGUCUUAGUGUUCAACUUUUUAAACUGCUUUGCCUCCCUCUUCUACAUUGCUUUUGUCCUUUUUGAUAUGAAACUUCUGCGACAGAGCUUGGCUACUCUGCUGAUAACUUCACAGAUCCUUAAUCAAUUUGUAGAAGCCUUACUUCCUUACUGGCUCCAAAAGAGACAUAAUACGAAAGUGAAGAAAAGGGUGUACUCCGUAAAAGUGGAUACUGACCUUUCAUUAUUUGAGCAAGUCAACCUGGAAAAAGAAAUGGGCACCUAUCUUGGCACCUUUGAUGAUUACUUGGAGUUGUUCUUACAGUUUGGCUACGUGAGUCUUUUCUCAUGUGUGUAUCCUUUAGCAGCUGUCUUCGCAGUGCUAAACAACAUCACAGAGAUGUAUUCUGAUGCCUUAAAAAUGUGCAGGGUCUUCAAACGUCCAUUUUCACAACCCACAGCAAAUAUUGGAGUUUGGCAGUUGGCUUUUGAAACUAUGAGUGUUAUAUCAGUAGUUACUAACUGUGCACUGAUUGGAUUGUCUCCACAAGUAAAUGCACUUUUUCCAGAUUCAAAAACGGACCUUAUUUUGAUUGUGGUAUUGGCAGAGGAAAUGGAAAUUCUAGCAUCAGAAUGGGUUUUUCAUUGUUUUACUCUUAGAUUAAAUUUUUAUUCUUGGCGCUUUCAUCUACUAUGGAUGUUGCACCUAUGCUCUGCCACAUAGUCUGAAAUAUUAUGUGUAUGUUGCAUUAUAUAUUUCAAGAAGGAUUUAAUAGUACUAACACAAGAAUAAACUUAGUGUAGACAUACCCUAAUUGAGCUAUAUUAGGUCAACUUGCAGCCACCUCAGCGAUUACUGAUGUGGUGCAUGUUCACACUACCCUCCUUGGGUCGGUGGACUGUGUCCUCACCAGGAGCGCUUGCACUGACCUAAAAGGGGCAGUGUGGGGAGCUGACAGCCUGGUUUCUCAGCUCCGCUGGCAGCUCCCUGCCAGGAGUCUGGCUUCCCCAGAGGCCCCUGGGCUCUCGCCAGGCUGCCUCCCCCAUCCUCUCCCCAUUCCCCGCCGAGAGUGGAGGGAAGGUACCUGGGGCUUCUCGCCCCCUGCCCCUGUUCCCUGCGUGGAGCAGCGGAAAGCCUUGCAGCCUUGUCAAAUUCACUGCUCACUGAGCUGUGAAAUUGACAAGGCUGCCCUGCUUGGUGGGAGGUGGGGAGAAAGGGCUGCCUCCGGGCUUCUCACCCCAGCUGGAAGCUGGGUCUGAAGCCGCCCAGCUCUCCAGAGGAGUGGGGGCAGCAGGGCUCUAACUGUCCAGCUUUCUUGUCACUUUCAUGGCUCCUGCCAUGAAAGUGACAAGGCAGCUGAUGUAAGGGAUGCAUCGCCCGAACUACAUGGACAUAAGCCUUACGCCUCUUGUGGAGGUGCAGUUGUUAUGUUGGUGAAGUAGGGCAUUACAUGGGCAGGAGGAAGGCUGUCGUGUAGUCACUGACAUAAUUAGGUCAACAUAAGCUGGUUUACGUCGAUGUAACUGUGUAGUGUAGACCAGCCCUUAGUGUAUUUUAUUCCUCGGGGUCAGAUGCUCUCAUACUGGGGUUUGUGGCCCCAACAGAUCAAUAAAGACUUUUUAUGGGGCUACAGAUUGUGUAAAUCCAUUCUUAUUGAGGAAAAUCCAGACAAAUUAUCCAAAAAUGUUAUAAAAGAUGUAAAUCAGGUAUAUAAUGUAUAUAAGAUGUAAAUUAUGACAGAGGGUGAGAAAAAUUAAAAGGAGUAAGUGAAAGGGAAAGAUUUGAAAAGAAAUGGUCACUUGAUAUUGAGGCUGGAGAGAGAGAGAGGAAUGUUCCAUAUAGCAAAAGACUGGAGAGGAAAAGUGUCCCACCCUAGAAUUGGCCAGAUUGUGUGAAAGGCAAGAGUGCAGGCUGAUGCUGGAUGAGCAAAUAGUGGGAAGGGGAAUAGGAAGACACUGAGGGCUGGUCUACACUACUGCUUAAGUUGUUGUAAAUUACAUCUCUCAGGGGUGUGAGAAAGAGACACCCGCCUGAGCAACGCAAGUUAUAUCGACCAAAGCGCUAUCCACCCUGGUGCUAUUUGACGGGAGAUGCUCUCCAGCUGACAUAACUUCCACUUCUCGUGGAGGUGGAGUAAUUAUGCUGAUGGGAGAGCGCUGUAGUGUAGACUUGCCCUAAGAUUGGAAAGUUUAUUCCCAGAGGGAAGAAAGCCAUUCAGGAAAGGACAGAUCAACUGUUUUAAGAGAAAAUGUUAUUUCUUCUUGCUUUUCAUAUACAAAUGUAAAUUUUGGUUCUGUGCUGUAAAGUUUAUAACAGAGUAAUUGUACUUGUAAAUUGAUUUUAGUGUUUGUUUGUUUUAGACUUAAUUAUUAAUACAAACAAAGAUGUUGGAAUAAUGCAUGUAAAUAAAAUUAUUACCAUAUAGU